AUGCUGCCUUUCGUGCUAGUACUGCUCGCCGCGCAGAGCGCAUUCGCCGCCCCUUCCACCGCUGGAGUUACUUUCUACUCAGUCAACGAAAUUCCCUCCGCACCUGACAAUGGAAACGCUGUUAACAGUUACGUCAUCACCGGCCCCUUCGACUACGUGGACAACGCUGACAUCCCGCUGUACGCACACAUGAUGAUCCAGAUCUUCUCUGACAUGGGCAACAGCCCCAGCCCCGUCAGCCAGGCAUCAGCUCUCAUCCAGUCUAUGGCUGCUUUGGGAGAACUCGCCAACGGCAUCCCUGGGGACUCUUGUGAAGCUGCUGGCCUCAUCAACGCCUUCGCCUACGCCUCAAGCUCCGGCAACAGCGCUGGUCUUACCCCCGCCUUGGUGAACUUCGUUGAGCGUCUCUCCAAUCACAUCGACACCAUCUCCCAACUGAUCGUUAACCCUAACGCUGUCCGUUACUCUGUCGGUCCUCGCGGAAACUGUCUCGGAGGAGGCAGAACUUACCAAUUCGAGGAAACUUGGGAUGCCAUCAUAAACAGCGCUUCACCAGCUCAAAGCGCCCUCCUGAACGAAGAAUACUGCGUGGCCAGACGCAUGUACAAGGCGUUCAACGUGCGCAGUAACAACCUCGCCGCCGCCGUCACCGCAGCCAACAUCCCUCAAGUGUCCCAACUGGCACAGUUAGCUCUUCCUCAGCUCAGCCAGUUCAUGCGCGUUGUAGCCGACGGAGCCAACCCCACGAAUGCGGCUGCAGCAGUCAAGUCCAGCCUACUCCAAGGGCUUUCCAAGAUCCAAUUCUAAACCCUAUAAUUCUCAUUUAUAUGACCAUAUCUAUCUGUAAUCCUGUAUAUAACAACGAAUCGAAAUAAUUAUUUAUGUAUUUGUUAAUAAAUUACACAAAUAAUGUAUAGUAUUGUAAAUAUAAGUA